GGCAGACGGGCGGGAGGCAAUGACCUUACAUUGCAUGAUCCACGGGGUGGCUUGUUUCUCAAUACAUCAACGCUCGUUUUAGGUAUACAGCAGAGACAUCACUCGUUUUCUUUGCGUCUCUGUCGUUCGGUAUUUCUUCAAUACGAACGACACUACCAUAAUUAUUACUAUCGCUCUUGAAAUUGUUUGCUCGACGACCCCACCAGAAGCCAUCAUUCGCUACGCCAAUACGACCCUUGCUGUCGUACCCAGUCUUUUUUCUUCGCUCGUCUACUAAGUAGAACAAACAAACGAGAAGAUCCAAUCUCCUCAAUCAGCAGCGGCCUCGUAUCCCUGUCCCCUGCCGUUCCGCCAUCCGCCAUUCGCUCUGCCGAAGCCAAUCGACUUUCCCGAGAGACCUUUUGGCCCGUGGCGACGACGACAUCGACGAUUAUUGUCCGUUGGUGAUAACCGCGCACUGCUCGAUCACCUUGCAUCCAUCAAAAGUUUCGAUCACUCUUAACUGAGCUUCGAUAUCUCGAUAAGCGUCCUUCCGCCCCUUGCGGCCCGACCGGCUACGAUCAAUAAAACGAGAUCUCCCACGAUUGUAUUCUUCCUCGAAAGUCGGACGAAGUACUUUGAGCAUCGUGACGCGACCGAGCGCGCGGCCGUUUUCAUUUUUGCAUCCGAUCUAAGCGGGUCUCUCCAAUAAUAACAACGACGCCGAGAGAAACGUACAAGAGAUCGUCAAGAUGCCUGGAUUCGGAGACUUCACAACCCUGUGCCAAAUGGCACCGUUGCCGCUAUGUUCCAACGUCGGGAAAGUCAACAACAUAAUUGGGAUCGAACCCAACUGCUACGCACGCAGUAUUGAGUUGGCAAACACAAUCAUCUUCCAGGGUGCGACAAGCGCCAUGCACAUUGUUGCGCUCUGCAUGACCGUUGUUAUGGUUCUGCACGUCCGUGGAAAGUUUACUGCUGUUGGCCGGAAGGAGAUUCUUAACUUCUUCUACUUUUACAUGCUUCUGACUUUUAUCUCGCUCUGUGUCGAUGCCGGUGUGGUGCCACCCGGCUCAGGGCCCUACCCGUACUUCGUCGCGGUCCAGAACGGUCUCACAUCGUCGCUCGUCACAUGCCUGCUUAUCAACGGUUUUGUCGGGUUUCAACUGUACGAGGAUGGCACGCCCUUGUCGUUGUGGAUGAUGCGCAUCUGCUCGCUCGUGGCUUUUACCAUAACCUUCCUCGUGUCUCUUGCGACCUUCAAGAGCUGGGUUGGUCUGAGCCCCUCCAACACCAUCGGGCUGUUCGUGGUCUUGUAUCUCAUAAAUGCCGUGCAACUCUUUGUCUACAUUGUACUACAGAUUAUGCUCGUAGUGCGCACUCUCCAUGAACGCUGGCCUCUUGGAGACAUCGCCUUUGGCGUCUUCUUUUUCGUUCUGGGUCAGGUCAUCCUGUAUGCAUUGAGCACGCCGAUAUGUGAGGCUGUUAGCCACUACCUGGAUGGACUGUUUUUUGCAACGAUUUGCAACUUGUUGGGAGUUAUGAUGGUUUACAAGUACUGGGAUUCUAUCACGAAGGAAGACCUCGAGUUCUCAGUUGGAACUAGAAUGAACAACUGGGAGGUUAAGGAACUGCUGCCCGAGGAAGAUAGGAGACAGACCAUCUACAACGAAGACCCGUACGGACAAUCUAGUGGGUACGACCACCCUUACUCGCCCAACGCGGCGGCGCGCCCUUAUUCGAAAUACUAGAGAAAUUAUACCGAGUCUCGUCAGCCGCGAAGGUUGUCCGGGUCUUCUUGGAAGGAUUCAACAUUAGGAGCGAUAUCCCCUCUACCAUAUCAGUCAUUGGAUGGAGCCUUGCGAGAGGUAAAGGAUGAAGCGUGCGCUUGAUCCUGGGACUGUUUUUUGCAUUAGCGGUAACCGGGGUUUCAGGCGUUAAUAUUGGCUUGGUUGUCACGACUCAUUCUACGUUUCUUGCCUCUAGAGGGCCAUUCCCCUGCGGAUUACAUUUUAUCCUGUUCUAAUUGAUGACAAAACCCCGCGAGGAUAAGGGGACUGCUGGUGUCGGCCCAAAAGAGAUGGUAGCGGCGACACUUAAUCAACUUGGUGAUGGGUUGGAUUCCUUAAUCAUACAGGGUAACGUAAAUGACGCGGGGUAGAUGACUUAUAGGUACUGCUUUAGCCUUUUAGGCAAAGGUAUAUAGUAAAAAAAAAAAAAAAAAAAAAACCAAUGAUGUUUGAUGCACUAUGUGAAUGACACAUAUCAGACCAAGUGGUCCGGUGUGGAGUGGUC